UUAAAUUUCAACUCAAACGACGGCGUUCGACUUCGACAUUUGCGAAAGAUUGCGUGUCAUUUUCUCCUGGUCCUUGGUUCACUUUACUGCCAUUGACGAUCAGCGGUCACCUUCAAAUGAUUUAUGGGGCGGACGGAGAGUAGAAGGGAGUCCGGGAUGAAUCACAAGGCGAUCGUGAUUGGGAAAACCUGGGUGUUCAGUUUUGUAGUUGGAUUUACUUUCUUGUGCGACAGAUUCAUAGAGGUUGAUGCUUCAAUCCAUGAGUAUCGAAAUGACGUUUUCAUUCCCAAGUCAAAUGCUUUCUUCUUCCAUGGCGGCAGCGAAGCUCUUUUCGCUUCUAAGCUACACGAUUCUUCUUCUCCAAAUUCCACUGAUAAAUCCCUCAAAGGCAAGUCCUUCAUCAGGUUUGAGACUGUCACUUUCGUGAGGACGAAAGAAUCAGCUAGUCAGACGAAUGAAAUGCAGCAAUUUACUGGAUUAGUGGAGGCCAUCAUUCUCGAGGUCAAAGAUAGGGAGCGAAUUGGAGGCUCCUUCCUAAAGUCAGAUAUAAUAUGCUGCACACGCAGUCUUCACGAUGCUGGACAUUGCAAGUCAGGUGAGGUUAUUAUCAACGAAAACCACAACAACCCCGACUGGCCUAAACGCAUCAAGACGUUCUUUGUCGGGAAAGAUGAAACUGCUGUCAUUCCACCUCAAACUAUUGAAAUCAAUAGUACAGGGAUGUACUACCUGUAUUUUAUGUUUUGUGAUCCACAACUCAAAGGUACAAUAAUCGAGGGGAGGACAGUGUGGAGGAAUCCAGAUGGCUAUUUACCUGGGAAGAUGGCUCCUCUAAAGAAAUUUUAUGAAUUCAUGUCUUUAGCAUAUCUUUUGCUUGGCCUAAUCUGGUUUCUAUGGUUUGUUAAGUAUUGGAAGGAUGUUAUACAGUUACAUUACCACAUUACAACGGUUAUUGCUCUUGGAAUGUGUGAAAUGGCUAUAUGGUACUUUGAAUAUGCUAACUUUAAUUCAACUGGAAGCAGACCAAUGGGAAUUACUAUAUGGGCAGCAUCCUUUACAUCUGUGAAGAAGACAUUGUCUCGCCUCCUUCUUCUGGUUGUUUCAAUGGGCUAUGGAGUGGUGAGGCCAACCCUCGGUGCUAUCACUUCAAAAGUCCUUUUUCUUGGUUUUGUGUAUUUUAUUGCAUCAGAGGCACUUGAGCUUGUGGAACAUCUAAGUAACAUCAAUGAUUUCUAUGUAAAAGCAAGGAUUUUUCUGGUUCUACCUGUUGCUUUCUUGGAUUCAUGCUUUAUUAUCUGGAUCUUCUCAUCCUUGUCACGGACAUUAGAAAAACUUCAGAUAAGAAGAAAUAUGGCUAAGCUGGAGUUAUAUAGAAAAUUUACCAAUUCUCUUGUUGUAUCUGUUCUACUUUCUAUAACUUGGAUUGGCUUCGAGCUAUAUUUCAAUGCAACUGAACCAUUAAGUGAGCUAUGGAAAAUCGCUUGGAUCAUUCCAGCCUUCUGGACUUUCCUGUCAUUUUGUCUCCUGGGCGUGAUCUGUUUACUCUGGGCUCCAUCAAGUAACCCCACGAGGUAUGCAUAUUCAGAAGAGACAGGCGAAGACUUGGAAGAAGAAGGUAUUUGUUUGACCAGUGGAGGAGAUAUGGCUUCUAAACUGGAAAGGAAAGAAAGGAAGGGACUAAUAAUUACAGGCGAUCAUUUAUAUGGCCACGGGGAAGAUACUGAGGAGGACAAACGAGAAUAAGUUUGUUCUUUGCUUUUACUUUAUCAAGGCCAAGCCAAUGCAACCCAAAGCUUUGCCUUUGGUGGUUAUAUGUAUUUCAUUUUCACUUACAACGGCCUUAAGUGUACUUGUAAAAUCUUACUCCACAAUGUCACAAUCCCUGUAUCUAUUUCCAUGGCCAAAAGUAUGACAACUUCAAUCGUGGUUAGCAUUUGGAAAAA